AUGGAAAAACGCUCGGCACUGCAGUCUUCUCCGCCUUGUCAUGAUUAUGCCGCUCAACGAUGUCCAAUUAAAGCUGAGAUUCGAGCCGUGGUUCAGAGAAUGUCCUCGUAUGCGGGCAGUCUCUUUUCCGAAGCGCAGCACGAUUUGUUUUGUACAAAAGUCAAGACAAAAGUUCAGAACGCGGCCGAAGUUUGGCUUCCAAUUCAGCAAUCGCAAAAGAAGUUCGAGACAGACUUCGAACCUUUUGAUCCCGAGGACAAUGAAUGA